AUGGCUCUGUUCAGUGUGCUGAUGCUGCUGAUAAUGGAGAUGAGGAUGCCAAUGAUGAAGAUUAAGAUGGUGUUGCUCAGGCACGCGGGAGGCGGCGCGGGGGGUACCGGCUCGGCUCUGCGGGUGCACCUGGGCGCGCUGGCCGGCGCGGCGGCGCUGACCGGGGCGCUCAGCUUUGUGCUCCUGGCGGCCGCCAUCGGCAUGGACUUCUGGUACAACAUUGACGCGGAGCGGCUCGGGGACGCGAAACGCGUCCAGAGGCCGUGCGCGCCGUUGAUGAACCCCUUCUGGCAGGAGAACGUGACCUUCAGCGACUCGAGCCGACAACUUCUCACCAUGCAUGGGAUUGUGAUUCUGCUGCCUCUCAGCCUGAUCCUGCUGGUUUUGGCGGGGGGGAUGACAGGGCUUCUGAGCUUCCUCCUGCGAGCCUCCCUCCUCCUCCUGCUCACGGGGACCCUCUUCCUCUCUGGAGCUCUGGUGACCCUCGCGGGCAUCAGCGUCUACAUCGUGUAUUCAGCCGCCGCCUUCCGGGAGGCGCUGUUUCUCCUGGAGGAGAAGGCCCCGCUGGACCAGGUGGACAUCCGCUUCGGCUGGUCCCUGGCCCUGGGCUGGAUCAGCUUCAUCGCCGAGCUGCUCACCGGGGUGGCCUUCCUGGCAGCAGCCCGCGUGCUCAGCCUGAGACGGAGGCAGGACCAGGCCAUCUGA